AUGUUUGGCUCUAGUGUACCUUUCGCCCCCCCCUCGAGUGGCUUUGGACAGCAAAACACAGUACCGACCUUUGGAGCUCCAGCUCCUCCAUUUGGAGGCGGUGGUGGCGGUUUUGGAGCACCGGCUCCAGGAACCUUUGGAGCUCCAGCGCCAACAUCCGGCGGUUUCGGAGGUGCAUUUGGAACCCCUUCGCCUGCACCUGCGUUUGGUGGAAACACUUUCGGAGCUCCAGCUCCUGCGUCAUCAUCAUUCGGUUCUACUGGCGGUACAUUUGGCUCUGGCCUGCCAUCGUCAUCACCCUUUGGUGCUCCUGCUUCCGCACCAUCUGGCGGGAUGUUUGGGUCUGCAACUGCACCGUCCGGUGGGAUGUUUGGUUCAGGAAGUUCUUCUACUCAGGCAGGCUUCAAUAGCGGGAAUGGAGGAUUCGGAGGUGGAGGAGGAUUCGGAACAACGCAAACCCCACCACCGGCAUUUGGAACAGCCACCUUUGGCUCACCAGCACCGUCAUCGGGGCUGUUUGGGGCACCAUCGCCUAGCACUUUCGGCGCCGCAAGUAAUGCGUUCGGAACAAACUCCGCUGGCAGCAACUUUGGAGCUCCUGCCCCUUCAGCAGGAAUGUUUGGAGCUCCUUCUCCUUCGGUAGGAAUGUAUAGUGCCCCAGGAGGCGGAAGCGGUGGUACGAAAUCGACUCCCUUCGCUGUUACAUCAAAGCAAGAUGGUUCGACAACCAUCAAUCUGCAGUCCAUUUCCGCAAUGCCACAAUAUGAGCAGAAGUCAUUUGAAGAACUACGCUUUGAGGACUAUGGCCAAGGAAAUCGUGGAACUGGUGCAUCUGGGAACAGUGGAGGAUUUAGUGGUUUUGGUACUUCAUCUCCAGCUCCUUCGAGUGCAUUGUUUGGAGCCCCUGUGCCGGCACCUUCCUCUUUUGGGGCUCCUACUCCAGUAUCUGGUAGCUUUGGUGGCUUUGGAAGCACCCCAGCUCCUUCAACUGGAUUUGGGGCAACUAGUGCUUUCGGGGCUCCAGCUCCAUUUAGUGCAACCGCACCAACCCCUGGAGGUUUUGGCAACCCCACCUUCGGAGCGCCAGCUCCAUCCACAGGUCUGUUUGGCGCCCCUACCCAGGCACCAGCUACAAUACAAGGCGGUGGCUUGUUUGGCAGUCCAGGUCCUGCACCUGGAGGACUAUUUGGGUCUAACUCUACACCUGCGCCAGCUUUUGGAACUCCAGCUCCUAUCACAGGGAGCUUAUUUGGUAGCCAAGCUCCAGCUCCUGCGACUACUGGUUUGUUUCGUGCCCCCGCACCGGCACCAUUUGGGGCGCCUCCUUCUGCAGCCUUUGGAGCUCCAGCUCCAGGUGCAUUUGGAGGCUUUGGCACGCCUGCUCCAGCUCCGACAAGCAGUCUCUUUGGCAAUCCAGCACCUGUUGCGUUUGGUACUCCAGCACCAAGUGGGGGACUUUUUGGAUCUCCGGCUCAAGCUCCGGUUGGAACCUUUGGAGCUGCUGCGCCUAGUGCAUUUGGCACUCCAGCUGCUUCUGGUAGUCUUUUUGGAGCGCCUACACCAGCAGGUGGGAUUUUUGUUGCUCCAUCAGCCCCAGGGGGAUCUCAGCUUUCUGUUGCGCCACCUAUGGGCUCUAUUAUGCCCCCUGCAACGACUGAGAUUCUAACUGCACAACUAGUAGCUCUAGAAACUAAAAGGAGUGAGAUGGAGCAAUCUGAUAACUUUGGAACACUCCCAAACGAAAGCUCUUCCGUCAACAGUAUCUCGGUUUCUGAAAGCGAGGGAUUGCAACCAUUGACUCCUUCAAGGGCAUUCUUGCCAUCAUAUCAUUCUACACCAAGAUCAGCAUCAAAAAUCCGACCUCGUGGGUUUGCUUUGCCUGAAAAUAAUCUGACAACUCUUUGUAAACUGGGGGGUGGUGGUCGACCCAUGGCAGCACCUAAUUCUUCAGCAGUUGCUUCAACAUCUAGAUUGGUUAUAAAGCCAAGCCCAAAACCAAGAAUCAAACUUUUGCUCAAGCCCUCGUCUACGAACAAAGAUUCACUUUUGAAAACCAAGAGCUCACCAGAUAAGACAUCGGGAUCAUCUGAUAAAACAAGUCCAUCAGCCAAUUCCAUUAGCCAUGGAAAUGCUCUCUGUGCUACAGAAUACGCUGUGGCAAAAAGCGAGAGAAGUUCUCAAAGAAGCGACAUGAAGGAUAAUGAGCCACCUCGGAUUACACCAAAAUCCGGAGCGCCUUCGAGAAUGGUUGCGCCAUCUUUGAACAAGAAUGGUUACACCUGUAAUCCAACAAUCAAGACUCUACAAGGUAUGCUACCUGAAGAUUUGGCUGCAGUUCAAGGAUUUUCUGUUGAACGUCCACAUGUUGGGAAAAUCGAGUGGGAGGGUGCUGUUGACAUUCGAUAUCUGAAUCUGGAUACUUUGGUGGUCAUCGACGACAGUCCACAAUCCGCUUCGGUGUACACACAAGAGGAGAAAGACGGCACGAAACCUCCAGUUGGAACAAAGCUCAAUAGACCUGCUGUAAUUACUUUGGAGAAUGUCUUUCCUCCAGAAGGAACGCCAAAAGACAAAUUUGAGAAACGGGUUGCAAAAUCAACAAAAAGGAAUAAUGCUGAACUCAUCAGCUAUAACUCCUCUUCUGGCAAGUGGACUUUCCGAGUCUUGCAUUUUAGCCGUUAUGCGUUGGCAGAUGAUGACACUGACUCUGAAGAUGAAAGCGAGCACCAUUUUGAAUCAGGGAGAGGUGCAGGGCGUUCCCAGGGUAAGUUAGCCCCAAGUCAUUUGAAUGCAAAUGCCAUUUUGCUGAAAGCGAGAAUAGACGAUUGUGCAACAAAGUUGGAAUUGGAUGUUGCGCUUUUUGAUGCACAAAAGGAUGUUAAAGCAGAAAGGAAGCAAGGAAUGCUUGAUGGGGUGGUGAAUGAGACCAGUGCAAUUGGUGCUUUCUUUGAAGAACCUGUGGUGGAUGAGUGGGACAUCGCAACGAAGUAUAUCCCCACCACCGAAGCAGUCAGCGCAACACGGGCGAGACCAGGCAUUUGUUCCGCCAAAGCCCAUCAAGCAAAUUUCGUAAUGUCUUCUAUUGAUUUUGGUUUCACAAUGGGCAAGUCUUUUCGAGUUGGUUGGGCUCCAGAUGGUUCAUUUACGGCUUUUGGGACUGAUAGAACACUUUCACGUCGGAAACCAGUCUUCUCUAGCCAAACGGCAGAAGAAAUUCAUCUCUUGCAACAACACCAGGAGAAUUCCGACAAGCUGGCGGUCCACGGGCGACUGUCAGAUUGUCCCCAGUUUCGCUUUCCAUCUUUCAAAUCAGACCAGACCGCAGUAAGGAAAGUGUUCAAAUCAUAUAAAGACAUGAGCUGUGAUGAGAAAAGCCCUUUGAUAUCAGUUGCUAAGACGGCAUUUUCCCUUCUGGGUUACCUUGCAGAGAAUUUGGGAACCUUCCCAGGUAAUGGCGACUGGAAAGGUCGGUCUUCACUUGAAGCUCGACGAAUUCAUGCUAUCAUUUGCUGGCUUGUAGAUUCUUGUUCAGAAGAGGUUGACGCGGAAAUUGAUAAAUGCAUGUCUCAAGGUCGAAAGCUGGACGCGCUUCUUGCUGCUGUGACCGGGGGAGACAAAGACAAGGCUUGUAAUUUUGCAAGCGAUGUUGGUUUCUUCCAACUGUCAACCAUGCUGUCUUCUAGACACGCAUCGAACAAUGAUUUGUUGCGCCAGGCGUUAUGCUGGACAGACAGUGGUGCUAGCUCAAGUUUAUCUGAAAGUUUUUUAAGAAUCUAUUUUCUGAUUGCUGGAGAUUCAAAAAUGGAGGAGGAGAUUUAUCGAAAAAAGUACAGUCCUUAUGACUGGCGCCGUCGACUUGCAAUGACGCUUAUCUAUGAUCAACCAAACCAAGAUCUAAAUCUUUCUUCGAUAGUUGCAGCCUACGAAGAGAAAGUGAAGACUGGGGUUGCCCCAUAUCCACAACCUCAGUAUCUACAGGGAACUAGCACAAGAGAAAUACAUUGUGUUCUCUACCGUCUCCUUCGAUUGGAGGAAUUCGGACCAGUGGCGUCUCUAUCAGCGACAAUAGAUCCACUUGGUUAUUGCAAUUCAGCACACGACUAUUCACUUGCGUUCCAUUUGGCGUCGGCUAUCUCAGCAAUGGAAUACUUUUUUCCUGUAACACCCGUCGAAAUUUGCAGCUUAAUGGAUAGCUACACAGCUCAAUUGCUGAUAAAUGGAAAGUGGGAGUGGGCUGUGUAUGUCUCGUUAUGUUCCAUGGUUCCCUUGGAUGCAAAUAGUAUUCAUAUGGAAAGAGCAAAGAAACUUGUAUUCCAAAACUACACUGGUAGUACAUCAAAAUCUAGAUAUUGCAGAGGGUUUCUCGAGUCGGUAGGGGUGCCUUCGAAAUGGUUUGAAGAAGCCAGUGCCUUGCGAUGUGCGAUCGGUGGCGAUUCCCAUGGCCACCUAUGCCACAUGGCCAAGGUAUCAGGUGACAAUGUUGCGUCAAUUUUGGAAAAGACUGUGGUUCCAAAUAUGCUUUUCAUGAAUAUGGAGAAGUUGGAGCAGGCCUUGAAGCUUCUGGAGGUGUUUGCAGUGGAAGGUGAUUCUCUUGCUCUUGCAUUAUGCAACUUGUUUCAAUUGUAUCAAAGUAUUUCUGAACUUGAUGGUGCAAGUCGAGCUGAAAUUGAAUGCGCAAUACCAUCUCUGUCCGAAGCUUGCAGUAGCAUCGAGCAGGUACUGGUAACUUACAAAUUGGAAGGUACAGCAAGAAGAGAAGCUUUUGUUUGCUUCGCCCCUGUCGUUGUUCCAUUCGUAUCAUUUUUGGCGGAGGCCAUGUCGCAAAUUUCGCUCUUCAAAAUAAAACUGACAGCUCUACAGUCAGAGAUACAAAUCUCAGGCUCUGUUUCUCAGAUUCUGAACCUAGCUCAACCAAAGCACCAGGAAGUCAACAGACUUGGUAUUUCUGACCGCGAAAGCAUCUGCAAAUGGUUGCUUUAG